UGCCUCUCUCCCAUUGCUCCUCAGAGCCUGGGGGUGUGUGUAUGUGCCUGCACUGGUGUUUUCUGCUGGCUGAGGGGCUUUUCCAUCGCUCCUGCCUCAGUCCCUGGGCGUGCUGGCAGCGGGAUGAUCGGCUUGGCUUGCAGAGCAUUUGCUUCUAAUCUCCGGCUUGUGGCAUCCCAGCAGAGAGGGGCAAAGCUUGCAGGAGCAGCUCUGCGGGCUGGGAGGAGGGGAAAUGGCUGGUGAAUGGAUGUGCUGAGAGAUUUCCUAGUUCUGGACAUGACCUUCAGCACCACAAUGAAUCAGGAAAAAUCUGUCAAGUCCUCCUAGCUCCCCGGCUGUGCAAUUUGCUCUUCCCUCGCUGUUCCCCAGACAGCAGCUUUUCUCACCCAAGGCACAGGAGCCAGCGAGUCACAAAUGACAGCUGAAAAGUGAAGCAUUACCAAAAGCUGUGUGUGGCUCUGUCAAAGAGAACCUUUAUAUAUAAUUCUCCUUCCUUCCAAGCUUGGGAAGCUGUGUAUCCCAUCAGUUCCAAAGAGCAAAGAGAGGAUAUGUUCAAGUAACCGACACCAGGAAUUGCACAAACCCACACCCAUUUCAGAAUAUCUCCACAGUGACCUGCAGCAUUUAGAACUCUGUGUUCAGAAUGGAUGAUGGAUAUAGAAACACAAACCAGGUCUCAGAUGACUACAGGUACCAGGAUGGCAGCUAUGACACACCCAACGAUGGCUACUACCGGGGCGGGGAUGAGCCCACGCAGGACGAGGAUGCCCAGAGUGAUGUCACAGAAGGCCACGACGAGGAUGAUGAGGUCUAUGAGGGGGAGUACCAAGGGAUCCCACACCCAGAUGACAUCAAAGAGAAGCAGAAGAAGCGAGCCCCUGCCGUGGAUGAUGAGUACAGAGACCGUGCUGACCUCAUGGCCGAGAGGAUGGAGGACGAGGAGCAGCUCGCCCACCAGUACGAGAACAUCAUUGAGGAGUGUGGCCACGGACGCUUCCAGUGGACUCUCUUCUUUGUUUUAGGGUUGGCACUGAUGGCAGAUGGGGUGGAGGUGUUUGUGGUUGGAUUUGUUCUUCCCAGUGCUGAGAAGGAUAUGUGCUUGUCCAGUUCCAACAAAGGGAUGCUGGGCUUGAUAGUCUACUUAGGAAUGAUGGUGGGGGCUGUCUUGCUGGGUGGCCUUGCUGACAAACUGGGAAGGAAGCAAUGCCUCAUCAUAUCACUUGCAAUCAAUGCUGCCUUUGCGUUCCUCUCCUCCUUCGUCCAGGGAUACGGAUUCUUCCUCUUCUGCCGCCUUAUCUCAGGCCUCGGUAUUGGGGGCACCCUCCCCAUCGUGUUUGCCUAUUUCUCUGAAUUCCUGUCUCGUGAGAAGAGGGGGGAACACCUGAGCUGGCUUUGCAUGUUCUGGAUGAUUGGUGGCAUUUAUGCUUCAGCAAUGGCUUGGAGCAUCAUCCCACAUUACGGCUGGGGGUUCAGUAUGGGAACCAAGUACCACUUCCACAGCUGGAGAGUCUUUGUGCUGGUGUGUGCCCUGCCCUGCAUCGCCUCCCUGGUGGCACUGAAAUUCAUGCCUGAAAGCCCACGGUUUUUGCUGGAGAUUGGUAAACAUGAUGAAGCUUGGAUGAUUCUCAAGCAGGUCCAUGACACCAACAUGCGUGCCAAGGGCGAGCCAGAGAGGGUGUUUACGGUUUCCUAUAUCAAAACCCCAAAGCAAGUAGAUGAAUUUAUUGAAAUCCAGAGCUCAACAGGGACCUGGUACCAGCGGUGGCUGGUCAGAAUCACGACUACUUUAAAACAGGUCUGGGACAACGUGCUAUACUGUUUAACAGCCCAGUACAGGAUGAACACACUGAUGCUGGCUGUGGUUUGGUUUACAAUGGCCUUAAGUUACUAUGGCCUUAUUGUCUGGUUCCCUGACAUGAUCCGCUAUUUCCAAGACGAGGCGUAUGAUUCCCGGGUGAAGAUCUUUGAUGAGGAAGAAGUGUCCCAUUUCACCUUCAAUUUCACCCUGGAAAACCAGAUCCAUAGAAAUGGGGAAUACAGGAACGACAAAUUUAUUGGCAUGAAAUUCAAGGAGGUGAGAUUUGAGGAUUCAUUAUUUGAGGAUUGCUACUUUGAAGAUGUGAGAUCCACUGAGACCUUCUUUGAAAACUGCACCAUCAUCUCUACUGUCUUUUAUAACACCGAUCUCUACGAACACAAAUUCAUCAACUGCAGGCUCAUCAACAGCACCUUCAUGAAGGAGAAGGAAGGCUGCCACAUCGACUUUGAGGAGGACAAUGAUUUCCUCAUCUACCUGGUCAGCUUCCUGGGCAGCCUGUCCGUGCUGCCGGGCAACAUCAUCUCUGCUCUGCUCAUGGACAAAAUUGGGAGGAUAAAGAUGAUUGGCGGCUCGAUGCUGAUCUCUGCCGUGUGCUGCUUCUUCCUGUUCUUCGGGAACAGCGAGUCGGCGAUGAUCGGCUGGCAGUGCCUCUUCUGCGGGGCCAGCAUCGCCGCCUGGAACGCCCUGGAUGUCAUCACCGUGGAGCUCUACCCCACCGACAAAAGGGCAACAGCCUUUGGCAUCCUCAACGGGCUUUGCAAGUUUGGUGCCAUCCUGGGGAACUCCAUCUUCUCCUCCUUCGUAGGGAUAACCAAGGUGGUUCCCAUCCUCCUGGCCUCCUCCGCCCUGGUUGGGGGUGGCCUGCUGGCUCUGCGCCUGCCAGAGACUCGAGAGCAGGUCCUGAUGUGAGCAGCAGAGGCCAUGGGGGCUUGUGGGGGGUGGGGGCAGAUGUAGGAGAAGAACAAAAAAGAGCCAUGUCUGGAAAACCCAAAACGUUCAUUCUGUGCUGUUCCGUCGGCACCUCAAAGCAAGGGGAAGAAGAACAAAGAACAACCCGCAGGGAUUUAAACAAAACCAUCGUUCCUGACCUUAUUACAGCCACGACUGGUGCAUGCAGCCCCCACACACCCCUUGCAGAGCUUGGGAGCUCCCCCUGUCCCUGUCCAUCCCCCUGCAAGGACACCAGAGGCAGACAGCAGCUCCGUGCCCACGUGGAGGACAGGCAGGAGGACAGACAGGAGGACAGACCCGACCCUCCUGCCCUGCCCAGCUGGAAACCCAGCCCUGCCCAGCCAUCCAGAUGUGCUCAGGCACACAGAGCAUCCAGGGAGGGCAGGUAACACACCUGCUCCAGGUGAGCUCCAGCCAUAGGGCUAACAGUGGCAGAUGUGGCCACUGGCCCCAGCUGUUUUGAUUUUGGGAUUACCACUCCACCCUGGAAGAGUGAGAGUCCUGAUUCAUCGAGGAUGUGAGGGUGGGUGCUCAGCUGUCUCAGAAGACUCAGAGCUUCAAAGCUCUUUACUGUCUCCACUUGGGCACAGGGAAUUACUAGACACUUUCUUGCUGUGGAAGAGAAAUAUAUAAACAAUUAUAUAUAUAUACAUAUAUGUGUGUAUUUACACCUACUUGCAAACUUACAUACACCCAUUGAAGUGAUCAGCUAUUAAAAUUUAGGAUUUCUAAUUUCUGCACCCUUUAGAGGAUUUUAAGAGUGGCACCAAAACCAAAUCCCAGUAAUUCAAGUUUAUCAGGAGUCAUGACCAACUCAGUGACACUUUGCUCUUUACAUCAAGAUACCAAAUAUUUAAAUGUCUUAGUGGCUGGGAAUAUAUAUUUCUAUAAUGAUUAAGAGGGUUUUUUCCUUACAGCUUUCACAGAGGAGAAAUUGAUAUGAUAUUGGAGCAUUCCACAAACCAAAUGUGUACAUAUUAUCCAGUGUAAAUAGGGGAUUUUUGCCUAAUACCUAGAGAAUGGUAACUGUGAAUUUACCAGCAUUUUAGCCAUAUUAUUUGAAGAAUAUGAUGCUUGAUUUUCUAAUAUACUUGGGUCUCAUUGAAACACUGUAAGCACAGUUACUUAAAGCCAUUUAACUUGUUACACAGGGAACGCACACAGCAAGCUUUCACUGUACAGAACAUUAAAUUCCCCAUUAAGUGGCACAGUUUAGCUUGAUAUCCUGUGGAGAACAUUUCUGAAAUUUGUCUGCCCUUUUUAUCAUACCACUUAAGUUCUGUUGCAC